AUGCACUGCCCCGACGAAAAUAUGGUUAGGAUCUUCGAUUUUAUAUUAGAAGGUGACGCCAGGAAGUGGUGGAAGGUGGAAAAGACUCGUAGGAGGCAUACAUGGGAUCAGUUUAAGGUUGCCUUCACCACCAAAUAUUGCCUUCCUGCCUACCUUGAGGCCAGAAGGAGAGAGUUUGAGGAGCUGCGGCAGGGGAACAUGACUGUUUCUGAGUACGAGAGAAAGUUUCGGGAGCUAUCUGAAUUCUGUAUGCAUAUGAUUCCCGAUGACCAUACGAAGAAGGUGAGGUUUAUAGAUGGCUUGAACGAGAACAUAGCCCUCACCCUUGCUGGAUCAGUGCAUCCUACUUAUCAGUUCGCUAGGGAUGCAGCGCUGGAGUUAGAGAGGCAGGUGGAGAUGAGUAAGCCGUCGAGGCGUAGAUCAUUUGAAGGUUUGUAUAGUGGGGCACCUAGUCAGGGAGCAUCCAAGAAGAGCCAUAGUUCAGGCUCAUCGGGUAGUGGUGGACCAAGCCCACGGGGCAGAUUUCAGCGGAGAGGCAGUUAUUAUCAAGUGAUGGAGGCAGACUUGAUCUUAUUGGAUCUAUCUGGACUUGAUGUAAUCUUGGGCAUGGAUUGGUUAACAAGGAACCAUGCUUCUGUAGAUUGUUAUAAUAAAGAAGUUACAUUUAGGAGGCCAAGUUUGCCUGAAGUGGUAUUUCGUGGGGAAGUUGGGAGGCCUUUGCCAAGAUUAAUAUCUACCCUCACUGCUAAGAAGCUAUUGAAUAAGGGUUGCCAAGGGUAUUUAGCUCAUGUGAUAGAUACCCGAGUAAGUGGGGUCAGAUUGGAAGAUGUGCCCGUGGUGAGGGACUUUCCGGAUGUGUUUCCUAAGGAGUUACCGGGAUUGCCUUCGGAAAGGGAAUUAAGGAUUCGAGAGUUGGAUAUUCCUAAGACUGCCUUUAGGACGAGGUACGGACAUUAUGAGUUCCUAGUGAUGUCAUUCAGACUUACCAAUGCCCCAGCAGCUUUUAUGGAUUUGAUCAACCGGGUGUUUCGUUCGUACUUGGACCGUUUUGUCAUUGUAUUUAUAGAUGACAUCCUGAUCUAUUCUAAAAGCCAAGAGGAGCACGUGAGGCAUUUGAAGAGAGUGCUCCAAACUCCAAGAUGGCAUCAGCUUUACGCUAAAUUCGACAAGGUUGGGUUGCAUGCUAAUGCAGAAUCAAAGGGUGGUAACGUAUGCCUCACGGCAACUGAAGCAGCACGAGCAAAACUACCCUACGCAUGA